AUCAUCAUAUCAUAAUAAAUAAUGAAUGCGUGCCAAUUCAUCUUAUAUACAUACAUGAACAAAAGACAUAGAAAGUACUCCAUUGAUUGGGUAUGGAGAGGAAGAACUCAAAAGAGAUAAUUGAUAUAGAGAAACUUCCAGAUCAUGUUGUGAUAGAGAUAUUCAUAAGAACAGGAGUGAGUGAUUGGACACAGAUAUCAUGUGUCAAGAAGCAGUGGGCAUCCCUUUUCCGAACAGAAUGUUUCUGGCAAGCUGCUCUUUCUCACAUCUAUCCAUUCACCAAUCCUUCUCAAACUUUGCCUGGACCUAUUCCUCCAGGUUUAGCCAAGAGGAGAUUCAUGGCCUUACAUAUAAGUGAACAAAUAUUUGGUUGUGAUCCUGAUAUACAAGUAGAUGAGAUUGUUGGGCACAGUUAUCUGUUUUUGAAAGAGCAGCUUCAACUUUCUAUUAUGCCUCCUCAUAGUGGAAUACUUCAUGGAACCAUGAUUGCAGAUCAGUUCAUUGGUUGUGGCAAGUCAAGAGAUGUAGCCCAUGAACUUGCAUCACGAGUUUGGCUCGCAGUUCUUGAUAAUUUGGAAGAGAACCACCAUACUUUUUGCUUACUUAAACGCCUUGCACAAGAAGGGGAUCAGGUUUUUCUUCCAUACCCUUACACUAGAUCAAUCAAAGUUCAAUGGAGGGUGUUUGAGAAGCUUUUUACUGAUUUUCGUGAUUGCUUCAACCAUGAACACUACUACAAAAAUGAGCUUUAAUAGCGCCUAUUUAAUAGCGCUUAUUAAAAAGCGCUAUUAAAACUUAGAAACGGAGCCUUAUAAUAGCGGUUUUAGUAGAAGCGCUAUUAAAGCCUUGAAUCCAGGAAUACUACAAUAACGCUUUUGAGAAAAGCGCUAUUAAAACUGUAAACGUGAAACUCUAUAAUAGCACUUUUAGAAAGCGCUAUUAAUCAUUAUACCUAUAAUAGCGCGUUUUUGCAUGAGCGCUAUAGUAAAGAAAAUUGAUAAAUUAAAAACUGGGGUGGAUGGGUGUCGAACCCUAUACCUCUUGGUAGAUGAAUAAUACAAUUAUAAAAAAAAACAGAUCAAAUUUUUUUAAAAAAAUAAAUAAAGAAAAACUUAUCUCCUACCCUCACAAGUUCACAACUGCAUCGUUCCUCUGUUCCUUUGUUCUGAUUUUCUCUACUCUCACAGCGACAUCUCGUUAAUCCUCCAUCUCCAUCUCCAUCUCCAUCCUUAUCAAAAACCUCCGUUUGGACCCAACACCUUGCCGUCGAACCCUAGUUCCUUAUACCCUCGUUUAACCUCAAUCUCUGUCGAACCCUAGGUCCUUCGUUUCGGCCCAACACCUCCAUAUCCUUCGAGCCCUAAAUCCCGUGAUUCUCAGUAUACCUGGAACGACAAUUCUCUGUGCAACAACCCUUAUAUCUCAACAAUUUAUCUACUUUUUCUAAAUGAUGAACACAAUUUUUUUUCAACCCUGGAACUAUACAAGGUGACUAGGUGAGUACAUUCAAUUGAUUUAUAUUGUAAUAACUAAUGAUUGUAUUGUUAUUGUGAAUUUUCAAUUUGACUAGUAUUUACAAAAAUUGCAGGGCCAGUCAUGAACUCAAUAAAUUAUGUUUGAUAUAUUGUAUUUUUGUAUUAGGCUUGUGUGGUGUUAGUUUAGUGGCUAAGUCUGAAGUUGUUUUCUUGGUCUGUUUUAUUGUUCACAGCUAUUAAUGCUAAAUGAUUGGUAACAGAAAUAUAAUCGAGGAGUAGUUGGGUAGGAAGAGUCAACAUUAGGAAAUGUGAGAAAUCAAUGACUCCUAAUAUUAUAAAGAACCUUCAACAUAUCUAGGGAAAAAUCAGUAUCUAUAUUCUACACAAAUAAUUUUGGCCAAUCUAUACUCUUUAUAAGGUGAAACAGGGGCAUGACAUGUGAUUAUCAUAUUUCAAUUUUACUUUCGUUGUUUUGUCAAAAAAUAUAUAAUAAAUUCACUUUCUUUGUCAAAUUUCUACAUGAUUUAGAUCAAAGUUGCAUCGCAAUGGAAUAUAGCUUUGUAAAACUUUGCAGUUUGCUUUGAGUAGCUAGUAGUGCUGGUGUGGCGUGGUGUUUGGUGUGUUCCUGUCAUGGUACAGGUCUAGUGUGGAGUCAGUGCUGCCCGUUGGUUUUCUUGUUUUGGUUAGUUGGUUUGUGUGUGUGUGUGUGUGUUUUUGUAGUUUUUGUUUUAGUUAAGGGUGCUCCUAGUUUUCUUUUUUUUGCCUCCUAGUUCUUACUUGGAUUCUCAAGUACUAUACCUAAUAAUGACCAGAAACUUCUUGAAGCAAAAAAAGUAAGCACUUUUGUCCCCAUCAUAGAAUUCCUAAUAAUUAUAAUUAAGUAGUUAAUUAACCCUCUGUGUUCAACAUUAAUAUCUUAAUUAAUAAGUGAAAAAAACUGAACAUAUUACUGCAGGCAGAACAAUGAUGCAGGGAAGAUUCCAUUGACAUGGAGUUUGAUAAAAAUAUUGCCACUUACUUAUAGGGUAUGGUAUAUAAUAUAUACUAUGAAUGGUAAUAUUGGAAAGUCUAAGGAUGGCAAAUAUCAUUUCACACCUUGUAUUGAAUUUUUUUUAAGGUUUGGAUCUUGAAAAGUUGGAUAAGGUGUGUGGUUAGAAUGAAGUUUCUAGAUUUGUGUGGUGUGUCUCUUGUGAAAGCAAAUCAACAAGAUAGAAGGGUUGCAACUCAUUUUGCCAAAGGUAUGUUGUGUAACUAAUCUUAAUAUUUGGUUUAUGAAUAAAGAAUAAUCUGAAAAUAAGUGUGUUGGUUAUAUAAUUGUAGUAAAGAAAUGAAACAUACAGCUAGCUAGCUGUAUUUUUUUGUUCCUUGAAAUUGGAUAUUAUUCUUCUUCCUCCUUUUGCUCUGAUUCACCAUCUUUUUUUUUUCUUGCUCUUUGUAGAAUUGAAGGUAAUUCAUUGAUAGAGUGAUUUUCCAACAAUUUAAUUAGUUGCUUUUGUGUUGAGUGUAUUUUGAACAUCUCUGUCAAAUAAUAUAAGUGUUGAUGCAGCAAAGAACUGCCUCAAUCUUGUAUUAAAGAAGGUAACAAUGGAUAUAGUAGAUUUGCAUGACAUGAUAUAUAUUGAUAUAGCCUUUUUGUUAUAUUUGCAAUUAGUUGUAGAUCCUACUAUCAUUUUGUCUUUACUAAUUACUCCCCAUAAUUAAGGAAAAUAUUGUAGCUAAGGCAAUUCCUUAAUCAAUUGGGGCAACAAAUGGUCUUCCGCUUUAGAGGUUACAGGAUAGUUCAUAGUAGUCUAUGAUAUAUUUUCUAUAUAUCUGCAUAUAUGAUAUUAUUGAAUGCACCUUUUUUUGUGAACUGUUAGGAUUUUGCAUUUCAUCACUUGUCUCUUUCUGCCCUGCUGGGAGAAAUCAUCUACAACUACAAUUUUAGAGAGCUACUUGCCCAUCCUAUUGUGAGUAUCUGCUGAUUUGUUUUUGGAAUGCCCGCUCUUUCAAGUUUUCUUUACUCCACUCAUUUAUUUAAGUUACUAUAUACUGAUGUAGGAAUGAGCUGAAGUUAUUAAUCUAGACAUGUUUUAGUUACACUGCACAUGUCCUAAAUUGAUUAAGUUAAUGCACUCCAUUCACCAUUUUCUGUAUAUCAUAAGUUUCUCAUUAAAUUUAUGCGUUGUUAUAAAUUUCAAGUGUUUGAUUUGGACUUAUUUAUUGUAGGAUAAAAUUUGUUUGUCCACUUUUAGUUGAUCAUUUCCUUUGAUCAUAAGUGCGACCAAAUGUAUGCAGGGGCUUUAGAUAACCCUGUGUAUUAGAGCCUUUUUUUAAUGUACAUCAGUGAUUCAAUUUGUGUUAGAAAUGAUGAUUUCUCUUUUAAUAUCCACAUAGCUAGUCUUUUACUUCAGGGUUAUUAUUAUAUUCAAAGAACUCUUUAGUCAAGGUAUGUUCUCUAAUGUUGGACUUCUUUGGUCAUGGAAACAAAGUAUCACUCACUUAUGUAUGCUGGAUGUUUUGUUUUUAGUAAAUUAAGAUAAGUCUCAGCACAUAACCAUGUUCAAUUUUGAGAAAAACAAUAAACAAGAGAUACAUAAGCAAUCAAAGUUUUCACGUAUUGUCUUCUAGCAGAGACCGAGGGGUGUAUCUUAUGUCUUGAAUAUAUUUGGCACAUCCUAAACGCUCACAAGUUUUUCUUUAACUGUCAAAUGCCUCGAUAGGACCUGUUAUAUUCAUAUCACAUGAGUAAGUUCAUGAUAAUAGUAAUAACUUCAUGUUCUCAUUCAUGUUCAUUGUAGUCUUUGUUUCAAGACAUUUGAAAGUCUUAUUCAUGAUAAUAGUAAUAACUUCAUGUUCUCAUUCAUGUUUCAUUCAAGUUUGAACACUAAGUGAUGGAUUUUCUGGUUCUUUGGCAGUAAAUUUUUUAAAGAGUUACAAGCUUGUCUUAUAGCUUUCAAAGAAUUAGCUUGAUGUGGUGAAGGUCAAAUGACAUUUGAUGUAAUUCUGUAUGGGUAGUUCAAUGACAAUUUUCUAGAGGUUAAGAAGCUCUACAUCUAGAGGAAAGAUUAAAUCAAAUAGUC